UCUCCAUUCUAGGUGGUGAGAUUUGUCGUUUUUGGGCGAUUGGCGAGUCGAAAUUUCCUUGCAAACCCCUCACGCGGAUCAGACAGCAUGUGAACGGCCCCAGCUCAGAAAGGAAUUUGAAACACUUUCAGACUCGUUUUGGAGCAGGGAGAGAGGAGAGGGAUAGCUUCAUCCCCUAAGCAAGCUCGCACCUUUUUUCCAUCCGCUCUGGCAAAUACCUUAUCUCUUCCUCAAACAAAGCAAAGCACCCGCCCACUAUCUACAGCUCUCACCAUCUUUUUUUCCCUCUCCGGAAGCUAUAAACGUCACAUUCAACUCGCCCACCAUCAUAGCACUUAGUCUUGAUAGUGUUCGAGAGAGGGAGAGGGAGGGAGAGAGAUGUCGGACUGGGGGCCGGUGUUCGUGGCGAUGGUGCUGUUCGUGCUGCUCACCCCGGGGCUGCUGAUCCAAAUACCGGGCAAACACAGAUUCAUCGAGUUCGGCAACUUCCAGACCAGCGGGGCUUCCGUACUCGUCCACUCCAUCCUCUACUUCGCUCUCGUCUGCAUCUUCCUGUUAGCCGUCGGCGUCCACGUAGGCCCCAAGAGAUCUUCAAGAAUGGCGGAUUGGGCACCGGUGCUGAUCGGGGUGGUGCUGUUCGUGCUGCUCCAGCCGGGCCUCCUGUUCGCGAUACCGGGGGAGGGCAAGCAGUUGGAGUUCGGGAAAAUGAAGACCAACGGCAAGGCCAUCGCCUUCCACACCCUCAUCUUCUUCGCUUGUUACUCCAUCCUCCUCUUGGCCCUCCACAUCCACAUCUACACGGGCUAAUGCUAAAGGCCGCGCCUUUGGUCUCCGAGAUCUGUAUUCCUCCGAGGCCUAAUCUGGGUUUCUGAUCAGCUACAUGAAAAAGGUCUGGUCUUGGUACUGGAUUCCGUCCCAUCUUCUUUUGUUCCUUUUUGCCUUUUUGGUAUAUGCAACUUUUACAUCUGGACAUUCUGCGAAUGUAGUUUUUGCUUAGCUCAGCGACGGCUCCAUUGGCGAUAAGUUCUCUCAGUUCUUUCUCUGUUCCUCUUUCCUAGAUCAUUCGCAGUAGUGUCAGAUUGAGAAAGGGAAACAAGUUAUCUUUAUGUGACUAUGUGCCGGUACUCGGAUUAUCGUUAAAGA